AAGAAGGAUUCAACCUGCUUUUUUGGCAAUACGCUGAUACCGUUCACUGAUAUAAGUGAUAUCAGUAUUGGAUCGAAAUCUCUUUUGCAGAACUCAGUGAAGGCAGGAAGAUCGAAUUCGUGAUUAGUUAAUCAUUGAAGUUUUGAUAUCAUGUAAAGAAUCAAUUCAACUCAAAAGCUUUAUAUGGUUGGCAUUUACAUUUGCUAGCUAGUUGAAAGGAGGAAGUAUUAUUUACAAAUAUGCUUGACGUACAAGCUAGAUGUCCAAUUCUUGAUUUACACAGUAGCCGGAUGUUUUCAGAAUUUAUGAUCGCCAUGGAUUCACACAGAUUACUUUAAAAGGUUGGAAUUGGAUGGAGAUGGUGGGCCCCGUAAACCGGUGAUCCGUGGUUUUUGUUGUGCUAGUGCAGGCACAUCCCUGUUUGUGUGUGUGUGUGGUGUGGCCAUUUGCGUUUCCCACGCAGUGAGCAUUUGAAUUCGUUGUGAAGACGGCAACCAUGACUCCUGCUUCCAACGGCCACCUCACCGUCACCGUAAACGUCGAUAGCACGCACCCACCUGACAAUGACGCCCUCCCUCCCUCCGACAACAACCAAGAUGACGACGACGACGAACUCGUUGAUCCCGACGAUCCUUUCGACAUUGCCCAAACCAAAAAUGCAUCGCACGAGACGCUCAGGCGUUGGAGACAAGCAGCACUCGUGCUCAAUGCAUCCAGGCGUUUUAGAUAUACUCUGGACUUGAAAAAGGAAGAGGAGAAAGAGCAAAAGAAAAGCUUGAUUAGAGCUCAUGCGCAAGUCAUAAGAGCAGCACUGCUUUUCAGAUUGGCCGGUGAGCGUGAGCUAGUGACAGGUGCAGCAAUGACACCCCCAACUCCAGUUGAUGGUGACUUCGCAGUUGGGCUCGAACAACUUUCUUCAAUGUCUAAGGAUCAGAAUGUUUCUGCUUUACAACAAUACGGGGGGAUCAAAGGCUUGUCAAAUUUACUAAAAUCAAAUCCGGAUAAAGGAAUUAGUGGUGAUGACGCUGAUCUAUCAAAAAGGAAAAAUGCAUUUGGAACUAAUACAUAUCCUCGGAAAAAAGGGAGAAGUUUCUGGAGGUUUUUAUGGGAAGCUUGGCAAGAUCUGACUCUCAUAAUAUUGAUUAUAGCAGCUGCAGUGUCAUUGGCACUUGGAAUAAAAACAGAGGGUUUGGAAGAAGGAUGGUAUGAUGGGGGUAGCAUUGCUUUUGCAGUUUUUCUUGUCAUUGUAGUUACAGCUGUCAGUGAUUAUCGGCAAUCGCUGCAGUUUCAGAAUUUGAAUGCAGAAAAACAAAAUAUACAAUUGGAGGUCAUUAGAGGUGGGAGAACGAUUAAAAUAUCGAUAUUUGAUAUUGUUGUUGGUGAUAUUGUACCCCUUAAAAUAGGAGAUCAGGUUCCUGCAGAUGGAGUAUUAAUCACCGGUCAUUCACUUGCAAUUGAUGAAUCCAGUAUGACUGGUGAAAGCAAGAUUGUUCAUAAGGAUCACAAAGCACCCUUUUUGAUGUCUGGUUGCAAAGUAGCAGAUGGAGUUGGUGUUAUGCUGGUAACUAGUGUUGGUAUCAAUACUGAGUGGGGAUUGUUGAUGGCAAGUAUCUCAGAGGAUACUGGGGAAGAGACUCCGUUACAGGUCCGUUUGAAUGGAGUAGCAACUUUAAUUGGUAUAGUUGGGCUUACUGUAGCUGUUUCAGUGCUUGCGAUCCUCUUGGGCAGAUACUUUUCCGGCAACACGAAAGAUUUAGAGGGACACGUCCAAUUUGUUGCCGGAAAAACUAGUGUUAGUGAUGCAGUGGAUGGAGUCAUCAAAAUUUUUACCAUUGCAGUCACAAUUGUGGUUGUUGCAGUGCCUGAAGGUUUACCUUUGGCUGUUACCUUAACCCUGGCUUACUCAAUGCGGAAAAUGAUGGCAGACAAAGCCUUGGUACGAAGGCUGUCAGCCUGCGAAACUAUGGGCUCUGCUACAACAAUUUGCAGUGAUAAGACGGGAACAUUGACCUUAAAUCAGAUGACUGUAGUCGAGGCAUACGUUGGGAGGAAGAAACACAAUCCACCGGAUGACUCAUCAAAGUUGCAUCCAGAAGUAUUAUCUCUGAUAAAUGAGGGCAUUGCACACAAUACAACUGGAAAAGUUUUCGUGCCUAAGGAUGGCGGAGAGGCAGAGGUGUCAGGAUCUCCUACAGAGAAGGCAAUUCUUUCAUGGGCAGUCAAGUUGGGCAUGAAUUUUGAUCUUAUCAAAUCAAAUUCGACAGUUCUCCAUGUCUUCCCCUUCAAUUCUGAGAAAAAGCGAGGUGGUGUUGCUCUGAAGCUGGUGGACUCUGGUGUACAUAUACAUUGGAAAGGAGCUGCAGAGAUAGUUCUAGGAACAUGUACUCAAUAUCUUGAUUCAAACGGUCACUUGCAAUCCAUUGAAGAAGAGAAGGUGUUUUUCAAGGAGGCUAUUGAUGACAUGGCUGCUCGCAGCUUGCGUUGUGUUGCCAUUGCAUACAGAUCAUAUGAAAUAGACAAAGUUCCAUCUAAUGAGGAGGAUUUAGACCAAUGGUCUUUACCUGAAAAUGAGCUUGUUUUACUUGCUAUUGUUGGAAUAAAGGAUCCUUGUCGCCCUGGCGUCAAAGAAGCUGUGAAAUUAUGCACUGACGCUGGUGUUAAGGUACGAAUGGUUACCGGAGACAACCUUCAAACAGCAAAGGCAAUUGCUUUGGAGUGUGGGAUACUGGCUUCUGAAGAAGAUGCUGUUGAGCCAAAUAUAAUUGAAGGAAAGACAUUCCGUGAACUAUCUGAAAAAGAAAGGGAACAGAUUGCUAAGAAAAUAACGGUAAUGGGUAGGUCUUCUCCUAAUGACAAGCUUUUACUUGUGCAAGCACUACGUAAAGGGGGUGAAGUCGUUGCUGUCACAGGAGAUGGCACCAAUGAUGCUCCUGCACUUCACGAGGCAGAUAUUGGUCUUUCUAUGGGCAUCCAAGGAACUGAAGUUGCAAAAGAAAGCUCGGAUAUUAUAAUCCUGGAUGAUAACUUCGCAUCAGUAGUAAAGGUUGUCCGCUGGGGCCGUUCUGUAUAUGCAAAUAUUCAGAAAUUUAUCCAGUUCCAGCUUACUGUUAACGUUGCUGCUCUUGUAAUAAAUGUUGUGGCAGCAAUAACUUCUGGUGAUGUUCCUUUAAAUGCAGUACAGCUCUUGUGGGUCAACCUUAUCAUGGACACACUUGGCGCCCUUGCACUGGCUACUGAACCACCAACAGACAGCUUAAUGAACAGAUCACCAGUUGGCCGAAGGGAACCUCUUGUAACGAAUUGCAUGUGGAGAAACUUGAUCGUUCAGGCUCUCUAUCAAAUCACUGUUCUUCUCGUUCUUAACUUCUCCGGUGAAAGUAUUUUACCUGAUCAAGAUAAUACAGCCCAUGCCUUUCAAGUGAAGAAUACUUUAGUAUUCAAUGCAUUCGUCCUGUGCCAAAUAUUCAAUGAGUUCAAUGCCCGGAAACCAGAGGAAAUGAAUGUCUUCCGAGGAGUGACUAAGAACCGUCUCUUCAUGGGAAUAGUGGGAAUAACGUUUAUACUUCAGAUAAUCAUCAUCGAGUUCCUUGGAAAGUUCACCUCGACAGUGAGGCUUGAUUGGAAGCUGUGGCUUGCCUCUAUUUGUAUUGGCCUUGUCAGCUGGCCUCUUGCUAUAGCUGGAAAAUUCAUUCCAGUUCCUAAAACACCUUUGUCCCGCUACAUCAAAAGGCCACUUGAGCGAUUGAGGAGAUCUCGUGCUGCACAAUAGGCAUCGUUUCCUGAAGUGGAUCACCUGCGAUUCAUAUUAAGCUAACGCCUGACAAGUAACAAUACGUAUUACUAUGCCAUAUUGCUGAACUUUCCUUCUAGAAUUUGAAUAUAAUGUAUAUUCAACAUGUCCCAAAGGCAUUUAAUAAAGCAAUCUUUAUGUGAUGAUGAUGCUUUUUUACCUUUACCUCUUUUCCUUUUUUUAAUAUUAU